AUGUUGGACGAAACUGAAGUUUUUAUUAUUGUAGCCAAGCAAAAAACCUUGGCUGAAGAUAUCGAAACAUUGAACAGAAAUGUUGGUAAGGACAGUGCGUCAAGGAAAACCCUCAGAUACAAAGAAGAAAGACUCCAACGUCUAAGUGCUCUAUGGUCUGAGUUUGACUCAAACCAUCAAAAAAUAGUGUCUACAGUAAAAAAGGACACUCCUUACAUGCAAAGGGAUACAUAUAACCGUGUGAAAUCGGUGUACGAAGAACUAAGAAAAAAAUUAGAUGCAAUUAUCCCAGAACUGGAAAAAAGGAAUGAAAGUGAAGGAAAACCCAAAGACAGUGCAGAUGUUCUUCAGAUGCAAAAGUUGAAAAAACUAAGGCUUAAAGUCACCGCCAUAGUUGAGAACUUGGAAGAAUUUGAGCAAACUUUCGAUGACUACUCCAAGGAAAUAUAUGAGUACCAACAAAAAAUGUUACUUGAACAACUUCGAAACAUCACCGAUCUGCAUGAAGACUUUAUUGCAAAUGCAUCGGAGGAAGAUCUGAAGGUACCGUAUGUGGCAAACAACGAGUAUAAGGGUGUAAAACAGGACAUUAAUAGGUUCCUUCACCAAAUGGCAUCCAAUUUAGUCAAUGGCAACAAUAGUAACAAGCCAAAAGAAGCGAAACCCGAAUCAAUGCUUCCGAGGCUGAAGAUUCCGACCUUCAAAGGAAAUUUCUUAGAAUGGCAACCGUUUUAUGAUCUUUUCUCCACAAUCAUACACAAUAGAAGUAGCCUCAACACAUCAGAAAAAAUGGAAUAUCUGAAGACACAUUUAGAGGGAGAGCCGCUCCAUUUAAUCAAACAUCUUACAUAUUCAAGUGAAAACUACAAUAGUGCGUGGGAAAUCUUAAAAAACCGUUACAAUAACGAAAGAAAGAUUGUAUCUAUUCAUCUAGAAAAGAUGUUUAAGGCUGGACAGCCCACUAACAUUCCAUCAGCAACGUCGAUCAAAAACAUUUUUGAUGCCAUCAAAGAAGGACUGGCAGCACUCAAAAACAUGGGUUUCGAUACCACAUCAUGGGACCCAAUUAUAGUACACAUGACGACUAAAAUGCUUGAUACCGAAAGCAGAAACCUGUUUGAACAAGGGCUAGCAGAACCAAACAAAAUGCCAAUUUUGAAGACACUUUUGGAUUUUCUAGAAAGGCGUUACCAAGCCCUUGAUGUCCUCGCUCCCACAAAGAAGCAAAACAAAUCUUUUGAUGAACCGAAACAUACACUUCGCAACUUUCACAUCGAUACGAAAAACCUCCAAUGCCCCAUUUGCAAAGGCGAACAUGUUAUAUACACAUGUCAAAAAUUCUUAAAUGCGACACCAAAAGAAAGAUGGCAGCUUUCCAAACAAGCUAAGCUCUGCUUGAACUGCUUACGACAUGACAAGCAAUUACAAUGCUUUAGCAAAAGAAAUUGCCAUCAUUGCAACAAAAAGCAUCAUUCAUUUCUACAUAUGGAUUGGGCUGAGCGAUUCCCCCAAAACAAACAAACAGACUCAGCUCAAAAAGACGUGAUAAAAACAACCAGACAAGUUAACCACAGUGAGCAGGACCAAAAUGUAAUAAUUGCAACAGCCAUAUUACAAAUAAACAAUGAAGACGGACUUGGCCGCACUAUAACAAUACGUGCACUGAUUGACCCUGGAUCACAGGCGUCAUUGAUAACUGAAUCCAUAGCACAAACACUUAAACUAAAAAGACAAAAUGUUUCUGUUGAAGUAAGUGGCUUGGGUGCAACAAAUGCAGGAACCGCAAAAAACAAGGUCAAUGUCAAAAUAAGGCCUCACUUUACCUCAGAAUUUAGUCUCGGAUUAGAAGCUCUUGUACUUCCCAAACUUACAAGACAACUUCCUUCCAAGACUACAAGUUGCCUUAAAAUUGGAAAUUUAGAUCAGUUAAAACUCGCUGAUCCUACCUUUAAUGUUCCUGGACCGAUUGACAUGAUAAUUGGUGCUGAUGCAUAUGGUGACAUAAUUCUUGACGGAAUAAAACGAGAUGAUUCAAAUUCACUGAUAGCACAGAAAUCACAGCUAGGUUGGUUAAUAUCUGGGCGAACUUCAAAUGAAGAAACUAACAAAUAUAGUAUCACUGGACUAGUAACACAGAUUUCAGUCGAUGUACUUGAAAAAUUUUGGGAGCUAGAAGAAGUUUCCCAACCAAAAAUUCAGAAAAUAGAAGACAAACAAUGUGAACAAUUUUACAAGGAAACACAUUAUCGAAAACCAAAUGGGAGAUACGUUGUCAAAAUCCCAUUCAACCAAGAAACAAUGCAAACUAUGCAACUAGGCGAAUCCAAAAAUCGAGCAAUAGCGAGAUUCCGUCAAUUAGAAACUCAAUUGAACAAGAACCAGAAUCUUAAACUUGAAUAUACACAAGUAAUAAAUGAGUUUCUAGAGCUGGGGCACAUGAUAGAAGUUGACUAUAACAAUCCGAACCGAGAGAAUAUUUUCUACAUGCCUCAUCAUGCCGUCAUUAAACCUACAAGUACAACAACAAAACUAAGAGUUGUAUUUGAUGGGUCGGCAAAAUCGACCACAGGAGUGAGCCUAAACCAACUAAUGUUAGUUGGCCCAAAACUACAAGACGACAUUACAACAAUUCUGAUGAGAUGGAGGAAACAUAAGUACGUGUUUACUUCUGACAUAGAAAAGAUGUACCGCCAAAUCGAACUACACGAAGACCACCAAGAUUAUCAAAGAAUUUUGUGGAGGAGUUCUAAUGAUCGACCCAUUAAAGAGUACAAGCUCACUACUGUCACUUAUGGAACGGCAUCUGCUCCAUACUUGGCCAUUAAGACUCUUCAACAACUAGCUGAAGACGAACAACAAAAGUAUCCUAUCGCUGCAGAAAUAGUCAAACAUGACUUUUAUGUCGAUGAUGUUAUGUCCGGAGGGAAUACGAUGGCAGAGUGCAGAAAAGCUCAAGAGCAACUUAAUGAAAUGUUAAGUGGUGCAGGCUUUCAUCUCCGAAAAUGGGCUGCUAACAACAAAAAACUGCUUCAACAUAUACCCCUGGAAUUACAAAAUCAACAGAAAAUAGACGUCAUGAAGGAAGAGACAAUAAAAACUUUGGGAAUUCACUGGAAUCCUUUAAAUGACACUUUCCAGUUCAAGGUCAGCUUGGACACAAGCGUGGAUACCAUGCUCACAAAACGAAAAACCUUAUCCGAAAUAGCCAAACUGUUUGACCCCCUUGGCUGGUUGGCCCCUGUGACUGUUAGCGCAAAAAUCCUAAUGCAGCGCAUUUGGAAAUCUGAAAUCAACUGGGAUGACCCACUUCCAAUAGAACUUCAAAAACAAUGGAACAAGUUGAAAAGGAAUUUAAUAACAGUUGAAGACAUCAGAAUCCCAAGGUGGAUAGAAAUUACAAAGAACCAACAUUUUGAGCUUCAUGGAUUCUGUGAUGCAUCCGAAGCAGCAUAUGCAGCAGUGGUAUACGCAAGGGUGGCUCUACCAACUGGUUAUUUUGCUACAACACUCUUAACUGCAAAAACAAAAGUAGCACCAAUUAAGAAGAAACUUCCUCUUCCAAAACUGGAGCUAUGUGGUGCUCAUCUGCUGUCAAAACUACUGGCAGAAACUUUGAAAACCUUUGGCUCACAAGUGGAAAAAAUAUUUGCCUGGACAGAUUCCACGAUCACAUUGGCUUGGAUUCAAAAAUGCCCAUCUACUUGGAAGACAUUUGUUGCAAACCGAGUUUCAGAAAUACAAGAGGCAACAGACACAACUUGCUGGAGGCAUGUACGAUCAUCCGACAAUCCAGCUGAUUUUGGUUCAAGAGGCUGUUUCCCAGAACAAAUGUCCAGCAAUCAGAUAUGGUGGUUUGGACCUGAUUGGCUGCAAUUCGAUUCAGAUCAUUGGCCCUCACAAGAACAACAAACGAAUGCAGUGAUUGAUAUUCCUGAAACAAGAAAAGUCCUAACAAUUGCAGCAGAGGAAACUAGUGACAUCACCAAAAGAUUCUCUAACUACUAUAAGUUAAUAAGAGUAGCUGCUUAUUGUAGGCGAUAUAAGAACAACUGCAGAAGCAAGAAACUAAACAAUCCAAUUAAAACUGGUGUUUUAACAGUUCAGGAGUUGAACAUCGCGACAAAGGGAAUUAUACGAUAUAUUCAAGAAAAGGUAUAUUCCGAAGAACUAAAAUGCCUACGAAGUGGAAAGAACAUCAGCAAAAGGAGUAAAGUACUCUCCUUAAAUCCACUUUUAAACGAAGACAAUAUCCUUGUUGUUGGCGGCCGAAUACAAAAUUCGGAGCUUAAUAACACAGAAAAACAUCCAAUCAUCCUGCCUCACGAAGAGUGGUUUACAAAACUGCUAAUUGAAGAUGUCCAUGAACGAACGUUGCACGGUGGUAUCAGACUUACACUUGCGAAACUAAGGCAGCGCUAUUGGGUCAUUCAAGCUAAAAGAUGUAUUCGACAAGUCAUACAUAAGUGUAUGAAAUGCUUCCGUUUUAAAGCACAGCCAAAAACUCAACAAAUGGGACUACUUCCAGCAGCUAGAGUAACACCAUCAAGACCGUUUACACACACAGGUGUUGAUUAUGCUGGACCAAUUCAAAUAUUAAUCUCCAAGGGGCGAGGAAACCGAUCGACCAAGGGUUACAUCGCCAUAUUUGUUUGCUUCGCUACCAAAGCUAUCCAUAUUGAACUUGUGAGCGACCUUACCACAGCAGCAUUCAUGGCUGCAUUGAAACGAUUUACUUCAAGAAGAGGUCUUUGCUCGCAUUUCUAUAGUGACAAUGGUACCACAUUUGUUGGGGCCAACAAGGAAAUCCAAAAACAAAUGCAAACAAUCAUCAAGCGUCAUGAAGAAGAUGCAUCAUCAAAACUUGUGAAAGACGAAAUCGAAUGGCAUUUUAUACCACCCGCAUCACCGCACUUUGGAGGACUUUGGGAAUCAAGUGUCAAGUCGACAAAAUAUCAUCUAAAAAGAGUUAUCGGUGAAACAAUGCUUACGUUUGAAGAACUGUCAACCCUGCUGACACAAAUAGAAGGUUGUUUAAACUCUCGACCACUUACGGCAAUCGAAAACGAUGUUGAUGACACCACAAUUCUGACUCCUGGACACUUUUUGAUAGGAGCUGCUCUUAAUGCAGUACCCGAACCAAUUAUAGACGAAAAGAAAACAUUUCGAUCUCGAUGGCAGUUGAUACAAAAAAUGACUCAAGAUUUUUGGAAGAUCUGGUCAUCCGAAUACCUUUCGCAGCUGCAACAACUUCCCAAAUGGAAACAAAAAGAAGAAAACAUCAAAGUUGAUGACAUUGUGCUCAUCAAAGAAGACCGGCUACCACCAACAACCUGGAUGAUGGGAAAAAUAGCAGAAGUUCACCCCGGCACCGACAAAUGUGUUCGAACAGCUACAGUGUUUAGUAAAAAUAAACUCUUUAAACGGCCCAUCACUAAACUGUGUCGAUUGCCCAUAGAAAAUGAACAACUAGAAACACAAGUCCGACAAGUCAACUUAUCAACGAAUAUAGCUAAGCCAUUCUUUUGGCUAUUCAUACUAUUCGGAGUACUGAGCUUGGCUACUUCCUUCGCCACAACCCGUCAACAUGAGGUCGAAAUCACACCAUUUGACUAG